AUAGGGAGAUUAUGAAAGCGGCGCUCAAUUUAUUAUCCGUAAAAAAAUUAUUUAGAUUUAUCCAAAUGCGCCCGAUCGGGGAAUUAUCGAUAGACAUGAACGGAAGUAUUGCAUCAUUCGCCGGCGUCAUCAAAGCCAAUAACAAAAAUGCGAUUCGCCAGGCUGCUAACCUGCUCGAAUCGGGAAAAGUCAUUGCGCUUCCCACGGAUACCGUGUACGGGCUGGCCUGUAGUGCCAACGAUCCCAAAGCGAUUCAACGGUUGUACGCCAUUAAGGGACGGGAGGAACGGAAACCAGUCGCUAUUUGCGUUGCAGAGUUUGCCGAUCUUCGACACUGGGGUCAAGCGGAUCACCUGCCGGACGAGUUGUUGGAACAAUUGCUUCCGGGUCCUGUCACUAUAGUUGUUAGAAAAUCUGCCUAUCUGGACAAUCCAUUCCUUAAUCCAGGGGUGGAAAAGAUCGGCAUCCGAAUUCCGGACUUUGACUUUAUUCGGGAUGUUUCCAGAGCAUUUCGGUACCCCGUAGCAUUGACCAGUGCCAACAAAAGUUCCGAACAGAGUACAUUGAAUGUACGGGAGUUUGAAAAGCUGUGGCCAGCGUUGGGGGCCGUUUUUGACGGGGGACAGCUGGGGUUGCGGGAGGAACGGAGAGCUGCUUCGACCGUCAUUGAUCUCUCGAAUGCGGGACAGUACAGGGUGAUACGCAAAGGUGUAGCCGUUGAGCAUACAGUUCAAGUGGUGGAGCAGUUUGGCUUUGAGCAGGCAUAGUUAAGUUACCAUUGUUAGUUUUCAAUAAACUAUCGAAUUACGAAGGAAAUUUGAAAAAAAAAAACAGUUUUUGCAACAAUACGUUUCAGUUCAAUAUAUUGAUUUAUUUAUAAAAUAUGCUACGAAGAUAUUUGAAAAAAACCUAGACUUAACUAAAAAGCUGACUCCAAAAUAAAACAAGGAAUUUAUGGUA